AUGAAAGCAAACUUUGCUCAACACCUGUCUAUAUAUAUUGCAGGUCUCAGUGGCUGCCCAGCUGAUCUGUUUGCUCUGUUGUCUGGGGAGAAAGAAGUGUCAUAGAUCAUGGCUCCUUGGCCUGAAGUGGAGAAGCCUGAAACCAAUAACUAUAUCGGGGACCCUUCCAAACAAAACCAGAACAUGGCUGGGAAAGAAGGAGAAAAUCAUAAAGGCAAUGUGGCUUCACUUGGAAAUAAGGGGGAAAUUCAACCUGCAUUUUCCACAAUAGCCUUGAUAGAUGAGACAAGGCCAGAAGAAGAGGACCCAUGGGCUCUGCCAGAACUGCAGGACACAGGAGUCAAGUGGUCAGAACUGGAUACAAAAGGAAAAGUCAUCCGUGUCCUCUAUGGAAUAGGGAAGUUUAUUAUGCUACUUGGAUUACUCUACAUGUUUGUGUGUUCACUGGAUGUACUGAGCUCUGCCUUUCAACUGGUAGGAGGUAAAGCAGCAGGGGACAUUUUUCAAGAUGAUUCAGUGCUGUCUAAUCCUGUUGCGGGUUUGGUGAUUGGGGUCUUGGUGACUGUUAUGGUCCAGAGCUCCAGCACUUCUUCAUCCAUUGUGGUCAGCAUGGUGUCCUCCACAUUGCUGUCUGUUCAAUCAGCCAUUCCUAUCAUAAUGGGGGCAAAUAUUGGCACUUCAGUUACAAACACGAUUGUGGCACUCAUGCAAGCUGGGGACAGGAAUGAAUUUAGAAGGGCCUUUGCUGGGGCAACAAUCCAUGAUUUUUUUAACUGGCUUGCUGUGUUUGCACUGCUGCCCAUUGAAGUUAUUACUGGCUAUCUUUACCAUCUCACCAAUGUCAUAGUUGAAUCCUUUCACCUUGAAAGUGGUGACGAUGCCCCUGAGCUACUAAAAGUUAUCACAGACCCCUUUACAAAGCUGAUCAUUGAGCUUGAUAAAUCAGUAAUUAAUGCAAUUGCUACAAAUGAUGAAUCAGCAAAAAACAAAAGCCUGGUAAAGAUUUGGUGUGUGACUGAAACCAAUGUGACGCUGCAGAAUGUCACAAUUCCACCUUCAGAAAACUGCACAUCUCCUGAAUUUUGCUGGACUGAAGGAAACGUGACAUGGACCCUCAAGAAUAUAACUGAAACAGAAUAUAUCACUAAAUGCCAGCAUCUCUUCGCAGAAUCAGAUCUGCCUGAUCUUGCCAUUGGUCUCAUCCUUCUGGCUUUGUCCCUGCUUGUUCUGUGCUCUUGUUUGAUAAUGAUUGUUAAGCUAUUAAACUCUGUGCUUAAAGGACAAGUGGCUAGUGUUAUCAAGAAGACAAUCAACACUGAUUUCCCUUUUCCUUUUACUUGGCUAGCUGGAUACCUGGCUAUGCUUGCAGGGGCGGGGAUGACCUUUGUUGUCCAAAGUAGUUCUGUUUUCACCUCUGCUAUUACACCCCUUGUUGGCAUUGGUGUUAUAAGCAUUGAGCGCUCUUACCCCCUCACCUUAGGAGCUAACAUUGGCACAACCACAACAGCUAUCCUUGCAGCUUUAGCAAGUCCAGGGACCACGUUAAAGUAUUCAUUACAGAUUGCCCUGUGCCACUUUUUCUUCAAUGUCUCUGGGAUUAUCCUGUUUUAUCCAAUACCUUAUACACGGCUCCCAAUCCGCAUGUGCAAGACCCUGGGAAACGUAACAGCCAAGUAUAGAUGGUUUGCUAUAUUUUACCUUCUCGUCUGCUUCUUCCUUUUGCCUUUGUUUGUAUUUGGUCUGUCGCUGGCAGGCUGGCCAGUCCUUUUGGGUGUUUGCCUUCCCCUGUUUGCUCUUUUUAUUGCUGUGGUUGUCAUUAAUGUUAUGCAGAAAAGGCGACCACAUUCACUGCCCGAGAAGCUCCAAAAUUGGGAUUUUCUACCUGUCUGGAUGUACUCCCUGGAGUACUGGGACAAUAUAAUUAUGUCUUCACUCGCCUUUUGUGGGAAACACUGCUGUGGCUUCUGCAAGUGCUGCAAAGUCAGGGCCGAACAGGAGGGUGCCAAAGACAGCCAGCUAAAAAGUGCAGAGGUUUAUGAAAACACCAUUGCAAUGGCUGAUGAAGAAAGAGGUGGAAGAAGGGCACCAGUUGCAGCUUGUGUCGAAAAAACAGGCACAAACAACACAGCCUUAUAGUAGUGGAUCAACCCAUCUUAUCAGAGACACAGCAUAGGACAGUCAGGCUCUUGAAAACCACCUUGGACAAUGCACUGAGGACAGAGUGAAUAUUUUGUUAGGUUCCUGCAGCCAGUGAUAUAUCACUCAUCAAGGAAUGGAGUCAAACAAGCUUGACAG